UUUUAAAAAAAAUGGAGGGGCUGAUACCAUUUGUUUACAAAGCAAUAGUAGAGUACAAAAAUGGAAGGGGAACAUGGAUGUCUGAAUCUCCUUCGACUUCUUAUAUGAAACUUCCAGGUGAUUCAGGACGUUAUGAAACGUCCGAUUUACAAAUUUUUGGUCAUGUUGAUACUAUGUUUUCGACAACUUCAUCAUCGUCACCUUCUGCGAGUACUGUCACCAAAAGAAUAGUGUCAAGUGGAGUUCAGUCACCCGCGGCUAGGUGUCAUCGGAUUUCUUCCCGUGCUAUGAAGUGAUCGAUGAUCUCUUGAAGUUGAAGUUAAAGUUCAAAAAAUAAUAACUUUUGCUAAACGAAAAUCAACAGCAAAAAGGAUCGUCAGACUUGUUUGGAAUUAAGGCGUAAUUGUUGUUAUUUUUCACGUGUGAUAUAAGCUUCUUCUUUUCUACUACUAGUAUUUUUAUUUUCUUUUGUUUGUUGGUUUGGUGUAAGUUUGAGGAUUAACCAAAGGGACUUCAGACUUUUACUUA